AUGUUGAGCAUGGAAUCACUGGCCAUAGCUCCAUCAGGUGUUUACCCAGCAUUCCUUUUUGGAACCCUUAUUUACUGUUUCAUUGUGUUUUGUAACUUGACGGUUUUAUCCACCAUAGCACUGGACAGAAAGCUGCAUAAACCCAUGUUUAUCCUACUCUUCAACAUGCCUAUCAAUGACUUGAUUGGUGCUACAGCCUUCUUCCCUCAGCUGUUGGUAAGCAUCCUGGCUCAGAACAGGUCCAUCUCCUACCCUGCAUGCUACCUCCAAGCUCUGCUCCUCCACCUGUACGGAGCUGGCUCCUUAACUAUCCUGACUGGCAUGGCUUAUGACCGGUAUAUCGCAAUCUGCUGUCCGCUGAGGUAUAACUCCAUCAUGAGUUCCAAUAACUUGAUGAAAAUCAUCAUUUUCAUGUGGCUUUUGGUCAUUACCCUGAUUGUGGUUCUGUUGGCUCUGGUCACUCGCUUCAAGAUCUGCAGAACAACAAUAGUGGACAUUUAUUGUAACAAUCCGUCAUUGGUGAGGCUCAUUUGUGAUGACACACGUAUAAACAACUACUAUGGGUUGUUGAUAACAGCCUUCUUUCAGGGUGUAUCGUUGCUAGUGGUUAUAUUUACAUAUAUCCAGAUCCUGCUCUGCUGUGUCAUGAAUAAGUCAUCUGAUGCCCGGAGCAAGGCCAUUCAGACAUGUGGUACACAUCUGGUAGUGUUCUUAUUCUUAGAGUUCAACGCCUGCUUUAGCCUGAUAGCUCAUCGAUUUGAGCAAGUAGCCCCCUCCUUGAGGAGGGCUUUUGGAGUGUCAGUGAUGGUGUUCCCUCCCAUUCUCAAUCCCCUCAUAUAUGGUCUAAAAACUAAAGAAAUUCGACAAAAUGUUCUGGGUUUCUACAAACGGAAGGUAUCUUCAGUUAAAUGA